AUGAGCUGCGAGAACUCCGUCAAGGGUUCUGUACUACCGGGUGAACCUCAAGGGUCGCUCGUCAACGGCGCUUACUUCCACGCCGCGGCGACGCCUGCGGCCGAUCGCGAACCGAAGCGCGCAAUUGUGCUACUGACCGAUAUGUUUGGUCUUCCGCUCAAGAACUGCAAGAUACUUGCAGAUCUAAUAUCGGAGAAGGUGGGCGUGGAUGUGUGGGUUCCCGAUCUGUUCGACGGUAGACCUGCUUUGACGCUUGAAGAACUCGGACCACUCUUGCCGGACCGCGCUGGGGCCAAGCGCAGCCUCAUGGACUACGUCCGCCUAUUCUUCCUACUCAUCACGCACAUCUUCGCGUUGCGCCGGACGCGUCCGUCCGUUGGCGAAGCUCGGGCUCGUGUGUUCAUUGAGAAGCUUCGAACGGAGAAGGGGUACAAUCGCAUCGGCGCGGUAGGGUACGGCUACGGCGGCACAGUAGGCGUCGGACUUGGCGGAUCACCUUCGUUGGUUGACACGCUCGUCAUCGCACAUCCGGGAAGUCUCAAGAUGGAGAAUGUCAAGCUCAUGAAGGUACCGACGAGCUGGGCCUGUGCCGAAGAGGGAGCCGCUUUCAAGCCGGCGCAGAGGAAUGGCGCGGAGGCUAUCUUCAAGGAGCGCGAGGGCAAAGACGACUUUGUCCCAUACGAGUUCAAAGAUUGGAAGGGCUGCGCCCAUGGCUUUGCGAUCCGACCGAAUCAGUCUGUACCGGAGGUCAAGGCGGGAUACGAAGGCGCGCUCGCACAGACGGUUGAAUGGUUCAAGAAGACGUUGUUCUGA